UCCACUCUGAUGGUCAUGAGAAUGGUCAUUUGGUUAUAAGAAGACGACCAAAAGUCGGGACUCAUUCUCUUCCGAUCGCAAAAUUACACACAAUCAGCGACAAUGGCUUCUCACCUGUUGAGGCGCGCCUCCAGCCACUUCCUCUCCGGCGCCGCGAACCCUGGCCAUAGCUUGCUGUCGUCAUCAUCCCCGUUAUCUCAGGCAGCUAGGGUUUUCUCCUCCGCUUCCACUCCGAUCCGAGCCACCCUCUUCCCCGGCGACGGUAUCGGUCCCGAGAUCGCCGAGUCCGUCAAACAGGUGUUCAGAGAAGCUGACGUGCCAAUUGAAUGGGAAGAACAUUACGUUGGGACUGAAAUCGAUCCUAGAACACAGAGUUUCCUAACAUGGGAAAGUUUAGAGUCAGUGCGGAAAAAUGGGGUAGGCUUGAAAGGUCCAAUGGCCACACCAAUUGGGAAAGGUCAUCGUUCAUUGAACCUUACUCUAAGGAAAGAACUUAAUUUGUAUGCAAAUGUCAGGCCUUGUUACAGCCUCCCUGGCUACAAAACUCGAUAUGACAAUGUCGAUCUUAUCACUAUUCGUGAAAAUACAGAGGGAGAGUACAGUGGACUUGAACAUCAAGUGGUGAGAGGUGUUGUCGAGAGCCUCAAGAUCAUCACCCGUCAGGCAAGCUUGAGGGUGGCUGAGUAUGCUUUUCAUUAUGCUAAGUCCCAUGGAAGAGAGAGAGUCUCUGCAAUUCACAAAGCAAACAUUAUGCAGAAAACUGAUGGUCUUUUUCUUAAGUGUUGUCGUGAGGUUGCAGAGAAGUACCCUGAAAUCAAAUAUGAGGAAGUCGUCAUCGAUAAUUGCUGUAUGAUGCUUGUGAAGAAUCCAGCACUUUUUGAUGUGUUAGUGAUGCCUAACCUCUAUGGUGAUAUUAUUAGUGAUCUUUGCGCUGGGUUGAUAGGUGGUUUGGGGUUAACGCCAAGCUGCAAUAUUGGUGAGGGAGGCAUAGCCCUUGCUGAAGCUGUACAUGGUUCAGCACCUGAUAUUGCUGGAAAGAAUUUGGCCAACCCAACUGCCCUGCUUCUGAGUGCUGUUACAAUGCUACGCCAUUUGGAGCUCCAUGAUAAAGCUGAUCGGAUCCAAAAUGCGAUCCUCGGCACAAUUUCUGAGGGGAAGUUCCGAACUGCUGACCUUGGUGGCUCUUCAUCAACUUCUGACUUUACGCAGGCAAUCAUCGAUCAUCUUUGAAAGGAUGCGGCUAAGUAGGAUUUGCAUUUUUGGAUUUGUAGUCAGCAGAUUGUUGCGACCCCUAUUUGGUUUUUUCAGUUGUUUUUUAAGGGGAAUAAUAUCCCUUUGCUUCGAUAUCCAAAAGAGAUUUGCCCAGUCGUGGAGAGAUAUGAAGGGCAAAAGUGUUGAAAUCAACAUAUUUUGAUAUUUCACAUAUUCAUCUUAUACAAUAUUUUUCAAAAUAAACUUGUUAUGUCCUAGGGGCUUUCUCCAAUGGGCUUUCCCCUAUAUAUUAAAUAAUUACCACGAUGAUAUGUUUUA